GGCGUCUUUUGUUUGUGAUUGGUUCAUGUGACUAAUCGUGAGAUUUUUUUUCCUGCAUUUGCUCACUCAGAGUUUUAAAUAACGACGACCUGCAGCUCCAACAUGAAGCUCUCUGCUAUUUUAAUCCUGCUGCUCCACAGCAUCGGUGCUGCCGCACAAUUCACCCAUGAAAUCGCCUACGUUGUUGGCUGCUUUGAAGAUGACACAACCGAAGCACAGUAUGAAUUUGAUGGUGAAGAGAUUUUGUAUGUGGACUUCAGCAGAGAGGAUCUUGUGUACACCGUUCCACAGUAUUUUGUGCCGGACCCCAUUGAGGAAUUCGGAGAUUUGAAUCUAUAUAAGAAUGCUCGGGAAGCCAAGAGGGCGUGUGCAGGGAUACUUACAUACUUAAAGCUGUCAAUGCAUCCAGAAGAAGAGAAAGAUCCUCCUGAGAGCGUCCUCUACCCUGCAGAAGAAGUUGUUCUGGGAGUUGAAAACAGCCUCGUCUGCUUUGUGAACCAUUUCUACCCUCCUUCCAUCAACGUCACCUGGACUAAAAACAAUCAUCCGGUGACGGAGGGGGUGUCGCUCAGUCGAUAUUAUCCCAACAGCAAUCAAACCUUCCACCAGUUCUCCACGCUGACGUUCACGCCGAGUGAAGGCGACAUUUACAGCUGCACGGUGGAGCACUCGGCGCUGGAGACGCCCAAAACAAGAUUCUGGGAUGUUGAACUACCUAAACAUCAUCAGAGUGUCGUAGCAGAUGUUUGCUGUGGAGUCGGACUGAGUCUGGGCUUGUUGGGAGUUGCAGGUGGAACAUUUUUAUUUGUUAAAGGACAACAUCAAUAACUGAAUCACUUUAAAAGCAGCCACAGUCAUGUUCAGGUGUUACUAAACAAGUGAUGAGAUGCUAAGCUAAUGAUAAACUCAUCAUGAGUAAGGGUUAAAAGGCGAAGCAUCUAUUAGAAAUGUGUAAUCAUGUGUAUGUGUGAAGGAUAAAACUGUGUAAUAACAGUAGAUAUGUGGAGGGGGAGAGUUGUGUUCAGUAUAAAAAGGCACCGGACCGGACCAGGAGACCGGAGGAUGCUGACAGAACUCUUUGUGUGCAAAUUGGAGAAGUCACAGCGGAGCUGUGUUCUGCUUGAAGAAAGACUUCGCUUCUUCCCCAAGUUGGAUACAAAAGAAUUGCGGAUCUGAUCGGAGUCAGGACUUCUCAUCUCCCCCUGAUUCAGGAGGGUUCUGUCCGGCAUCAGGACUCUGUAC